ACCCGAUCCAGAUCUCUUCCAAAGCGGAGCGAUAGUCAGCAGCACACUGUGGUGGCUGAUCAGCGGGGCGGUGCGCAAAGCGGGAUAAAGCUACACUGUAUUUCAUCCAAAAAAGAAAAAGGAGGGGGGCGCAUCCCACCAUUUCUAGAGUUCCAACAACUUCGCCGGCCUGGUGUGCUGAUCUCUCCGGUACUGGCCCUGGCUGCAGAGAAGGGAGAACGGGGGGGAACUUAAGGAACUAAAAGAGGGACGGUGCCAGCAGAUGUUAACUUAGGUGCUGUGUCAAUCUCGCACACGGAAGAAAAAAGGCGACGUUUCCCCGGAGAACUCUUCCAAGUGUUGGAAACUUCCCAGCGCAGCAUCGAUCGAGGACCUCCCGCCCACAUUACCUCUGAUCCACAGUACUGGAAGGGGGGGAGAGAGAGAGAGAGUUCUGCAGCCGCUGCAGUGGAUGGAGCAACAAAGGCUAUGGUUAAACUAGAAGAGCUCCUUUGAUUAAAAAAAAACCCACAACUCUCCUUUCUCUCCUCGUUUUGCUGUUUCUUAAAAAGACUCCCAUCAUCUAAACGCAGCAAAACCCGCAGCCUCUUGGAUCUCAUUUUUUUUGGGAACCCGGCCAGGUUCUACUUAGUGCAAAGGGAAUCACCACAGACGUGAAAUUGAUGCUUUGGUACGGAGAGGCGCACCACCGAUCCUCUAGUUUUGCCAAAGUCUCCUACUGCUCAGUGAGGGAGGUAGACUAGUUCGGGACGAAGUGGGAUUUGCAGAAGUUGCAUGCUUGGUCUUUGUCGUUUCGAGUGAGUCCUAUCCAUCCACUCUCCAGAGAAGAUCCGGAUAGUUGAGGCCAUGGCGAUGUGUGUGGGGAUAUGGAUACUCCUGUUGGCGCUGCACAUCCAAGCUGGCAAUGGUCAGAUGGUACAGAUGGACCCCAGUAAGUCUGGCUUCGUGGGUUCACAAGUGGAGCUGCGCUGCAUUUUCGUCAACAGUAACCCACCAGUCAAGAUCUCUCAAGUCACCUGGCAGAAGCUCCUCAACGGCACCAAACAGAACGUGGCCAUAGCCAACCCUGCCCUCGGCGUGUCCGUUCUGCCGCCUUUCAAGGAACGGGUCAGCUUCAAGCAAGCAGCGGUUCGUCACCGUACGCCUUCGCUGGAGGACACCACCAUCAUGUUCUCCAACCUGCAGCUGUCUGAUGAAGCUGCCUACAUCUGCGAGUACACCACGUUUCCUGCGGGCAACCGUGAGAACAUGGUCAACCUCACGGUAUUCGCUCGCCCUAUGACACGUAUGACCUUGACAACACCCACCAUCGUGGCCAGGGCUCAGAAACGCAAGAUGACUGUCGCCACUUGUGUAUCAGCCAAUGGGAAGCCCCCAAGUGUUAUCAAAUGGGACACCAGGUUGAAGGGCGAAGCCACUUUCCAGGAGACUCGCAACCAAAACGGGACGGUGACAGUACGGAGCAACUACGUGGUCAUACCGAGCCGAGAGACCCACAAACAGAAGCUCACGUGUAUCGUGAUGUACCGAAAUGAAAAGAUCACGGACAGCGUGGUGCUCAAUGUGCAGUAUGAACCUGAGGUGAAGAUCGAGGGCUUUGAUGGGAACUGGUACCUGAACCGUCAGAAUGUUCAGCUGACCUGCAGGGCUGAUGCUAACCCCCCUGUCACGAUCUACCAGUGGAAACUUUUGAACGGCUCCCUGCCCAGUAAUGUGGAAAUCAAGAACAACACCCUGUUCUUCAAAGGGCCCGUGACCUACGACCUGGCGGGCACGUACGUCUGUGACGCAACCAACGGCAUCGGGACUCGCACCGGCAUUGUGGACGUCAACAUCACAGAAUUCCCUAACAACCCGCCACCUGGGGGCCGUGAGAUCCCGCAGGAGCAGCACAAUGCAGGUGCCGCCAUCGGGGGCGCUGUGGGGGGAGUGGCCCUGUUGGGCGUGGCGGCCAUACUGCUCUUCAUAUUCCUGCGCCGCCGCCAGCGCACCUUCAAGGGAGACUACAGCACCAAGAAACAUGUGUUCGGAAACGGUUACAGCAAAGCCGCACACCCUCCCAUCCCCAAGAACCUGCAGUAUCCGGAUGACUCGGAUGAUGAGAAGAAACCCGCCCAGAUCGGUGGCCCCGGAGGGUUUGAGGUGAGCGAGCGCGAUUUCGAUGCCGAAGCAGAGGACCUGAAGAGGCCCUAUUUCACUGUGGACGAAGGAGAAAGCCGAGAUUAUGACGAGCGGACUCUGGCUUUCCAGUAUGACCCUGAACCUGAGAUAGCCGAUGAUAUGAUCUCUCAAACCGACGGCUCUGUCAUUUCUAAGAAAGAGUGGUAUGUGUAGUGGCAUGCAACAACCAAACCAAACAACCCCUCGUCCCCCCCACCUGCAUUCCACCGCACCCUUCACCUCCAUCACCAACCCCACCCUCCCAUUUGUCAAACUGCACCCUCCAAGUCCCCUUCCUCUUUUGGUCAACCUAGUACCCCCUUCCCCCCUGACUCCCCCCCACAUCAGACCCCAUCCAACUAAUCUCUAUUAGAAGAUCAAGAGUCUAUUUAAAGUGCUAGCAACAUCAACUUCUCAACAUGACCGCAUUGGUAUCAAUUCCAUCAGGUGAAUGGGCAAAGAAUACAAACUAAAGGUAUGUAAUUGGACUCGUUGUCACUGACUCACGAGGCCAGGGAGGUGAUUGGUUGAUUAAUACUGGUGUAUUAUUCUUUUUGUGUCAUGUUUUUUUUCAUGUUAUAAAUGUAUUAAAUGUAUAAAAAGAGACUGCAGGUUGAGGUUUUGCUGAGCACAUUUGUGAAAGUCCUACACUGGAUGUACGAUUUGUUUUUUUUUUGUUUUUUUCCAAUACCAUUGCCGUUUUGUUAUUUUUAUAAUGUCUUUUUGUAUGAUUUUUAAGUGACCAGAGAAUUGAGAGUUAAAUGUCUGACAUAAUUACAGGUGGAGUUCUAAGUGUUUGUAAUUUUGUGGUCAAAUGUUUCAGAGAAAGAAAAAAAAAAACUUACGUCAUACAGCACCUCUAUCAUUUCUCCUGUUUCUCUCUGGGUUUAGCAUCCAUGAAAUUACAAAAAUUUUGUAUAUUUACAGCAUUAAAAGCAGAUAUGUUAUUGCUGUUUUCCAAAGACAUGCUUAGUAUUUCUUGACCCCUGUGUUUAUAUGCUUGAUAUAUUUCUUUACUGAGAGGGAGUCAGUGUACUGAGCCGUAUGAAUAUGGCAGUAACAGAUAAAUAUCAAAAAAAGUGUUUUCAAUUUUCUUUCCUCAAUUAAAAAAAGGGCCCACAUCAGUGAAUCAGAGUAGCAGGGGAGAGAAGGGCUACAAUUGUACCUGACACAACAACACACUUUUCAAUCACGUCCAAAAUGGGUUUGAUGAGUCUCAUAGAAAACUUCAAUAAUUGCUCUGAAAUGUCAUCGUCACUUGACUUGAACAGGAUUUACCUGUGUAAACGAGCUCAAAAAGUUACCACUAUAAUGAAAUGUCUGAUUUUUAUGCUGAAUUGUCAUAAUUAUGUUUUGUUCUAACCCUUUUUUUAUCAAAUGGAUGUCAGAGAAAAGUGUCUGGGGAAUUUCCCAAUAAUGACUCUGUCUCUUCUUAUAAUUGUGUGACUGUAUACUGGAGAAUAGACUUAAGCCUCCCCGCUUACACCAACAGCAUUUUCUAUGAGGAGUCGUCCAUGGACACAAAGGACACGGAUAGGAGGAAAAUGUCAACCGAUGCAUAUAGUUACAUCUGCGAGAGAAAAUAUUUUAACAUGUAAAGGGAAUUGAAAAUAUGAUGGUGGCCAUCCUGGAGUUUAAUAAGUCACCUGCUGCUUUCAUGGUGUUUUUGUUCCAUCUCUUUUUUUUCUGAAAUGAAUUUCAGUAGCUGUUAGGGGGGUUUUAAAGGAAUGAAUGGUUUUCUGUCUCUUAAUAUUGGCAUCUGAAUCUGCCAGUGGGGAUACAAUGACCCUGUCUAAAGGCAUUAUAUAUAUCCGGCUUUUUAAAUCACUGUUAACAAGUGCCAGCUGAUGCUAGAAUAGCAAAUGACUUGUUUCUCUCCAUCAUACAAUCAGCAAAAUGCAUUUGCUUCAAACAAAAAAAAAGUUCAAUGUGAAACAUCAGACACAAGAUAAGACAAGCAAAGAAGUAAAUACAUGGAUAUAAAUGAGAUAUCUGACUGGCUCUGAACAAUAUAAAUACUGUAUUAAGCCUUAUUUUAUGCAUGUUUUUGUGUGGGAGUGGAAGUGCGUAUGUUGCUAUUUUUUCUGUAUCAAUUCCAGUGUGUUUGUCCUCGUUUGCAGCUCAAAAGACAGCACUUUUUCAGUGUUGUCAGUAUUGACAAAGAUAUGAGUUUAUGGGCACUCAGUACCCAUCGACAAUAUUACAGUUAACACACAAAAGUGUAUGAAUAUAUAUAUAAAUAAAGAUGAAAAAAUAACAUCUCUGUGAGAGUAAAUCUCUCUGUCGGCUGGAGAUGUGAAUGUUUUACAGUCCAUGCUUGUCUACUGUAUGUUUUUAGAUGAGCAUGUUAAUCAUGAGCCUCAAACUAUAUUGUAUUUUCAACACAAAUUAACAGUACAAAGUGGGGAAAUAUCAUGUUCUUAUUAAAAGUCUGCUGAUUUCAGCUUACUUUAGAUUCAUUUUUACAGCCUUAUUUCUUUUUUUGUAAAGUGUAUCCACUACAGUUGGAGAGCAAUGCAUGAGGUUUGAAUCAGAAAGUUUCAGAGGGGGAAAACUAAUUGACAGCAGUGGGGUUGCUACUUUCAAAGUGCGAAAACAAAUUGCAAUUUUAUAGCCUUUGGUUUAUUGUGCUCAGAUAAACUGCUUUGCUGUAACGUUUCAAUUCCACGUUUACAUCACAUCAAAAUAGAGACACAUGUAUGAAAAGCAUGUUUUUUUAUCUUUUAUUCUUGCAUUCAGUGCCUAUCAAAGUCAGGAGAUAUGAGGUAGUCUGAACAGUUGCUGCUCCUUCAUUUAAAGGUGCAGUGUGUAGGAUUUAGUGGCACCUAGCUGUGAGGUUGCAGACCGCAACCAACUGAAUGCCCUCCCCCCCUCCCCUUCCAAACAUGUGGGAGAUCCUACGGUGGCCGCAAAACUCAUGAAAAACACUAAAGGCCCUCUCUAGAGCCAGUGUUUAGUUUGUCUGUUCUGGGCUACUGUAGAAACA